AUGGAGGAUGUCGGCGAGUCACUUGACAAGUAAAAACAGGUAUUAUGAACUUUCCAAUUGAAGUUGUACGUUUCAGAAGUCCAGAAGUCGUGGAGUUGUGCGUAGAAGAGCCGUCGACAUCGAAAGAUCCGUCAAAAAGUUCAAAGCCGAGAAAGAGCCGACGUGCGAAAGUUUACAAAGAACUUCCUCAGAAUCAGUGUCCGUCGGUGUGCCUUAUUUGUAGACAUCCGGCCGCUGGGCACCACUAUGGGGUAGGGAAAAACUAAAAUCGUUCAAACAGUUUUAAACAUUGCAUUUGCAGGUUCCCUCGUGCGUUGGGUGUAAGACGUUUUUCCGGAGAAGCAUAAUAUCUGGUCACAAGUAUAAAUGCUUCAAACUCAGCAAUUGUCUGGAUACCGACAAACCAGCAGGUACAGUUUCUAUACUAUUAUCUAGCAAGACCACGGUGUCAUUUUCCAAAGAUUUAAAGUUGUAAAGCCUUACAAAUUCACAAUAUCAUUUAUCUUCCAGAAUCCCAAAGGAUGUGUCGAGCGUGUCGAUUCGAGAAGUGUGUUCAGUCGGGAAUGGAUCCUCUGGCCAUUAAGGCCGAAGUGAAAUGCGACGAAGGAGAGGCGUUGCGCGCGAGAAUCGUCGAGAAAAGAGCCACUUUCGACAACAGACUCUCUUUUUUGAGUUUCGAGGAUAAAGUGUCACGAGUUAUCGAUCGACUGAUGGCGGUCGAGACGAAGCUGGAAGGAGUGCACAACAACGGAAUGCCGAUAGGUUUCCAGGACGUGCGCGAUCUGAGGACCGUGCUCGCUUCGAAAGUGAUCUACGACAACACGAAGAUUCCGGCGAUGAGCUACCAGCCCGUCAAAUGCUCCAAACACACAGGACUGUGAGUUACUGUCUUGACCAUGAAUGAAUGUGAUACCGUCGAUUCAAAACGAUUCUCCUCGGCUGCCGAUGAAGUUAUCAAAAAGUUGACAAUUGAUAAAAUGUACACAAUGUACUAAUGAACAAAUUAUUAGUUGUCAACUUUUUGCUACUUCUACCGGCAGCCGAGAUAUAUAUAUGAUCGUUUUUAAUAAAUGACAUUGGGAAAUGCAAUUUUUUCGCAAAACUCGUCAAGAAUUGAUUCUCAUACUUCCCUAACAAUAUUCCUUUUCUAUUUUUAAAAAGUGAUUCAAUAUUUUCAGUCCAAAGCGGCGGAGUCGUAAUUUCGUGCACGCGAGUUGUUUGGCCUCGAUCGAGUACUCGAAAACGUUCGAUUUCGCGAAUGCACUCGAGAUGGACGCAAAGGUCGGUUCCUGAUUUGUGACGUUACGGCGACGACGUCACAGACUUUCUGAUCGACGCGCCGCGACGAAAGAUCGCAUCCGAAGCGAUUAGCAUCUUAUUCCAGGUUGUUCUAAUGAAACAUGUCACUUUGAUGUGUGCCAACUUGACGAAUGCAUUCACGACGUUUGCAAAGUUGAAAUCGGACCGACUCGUCUAUCCGGACGGGACCGUCUACGGACCGCCCGCCCGGAAGAUGGGACCGCUUGUCGAGAAGCAGAGAGCCUUUCUGCAGAGCACUUUGAGAGCCCUCAUGAGGAAUAACGUCAAUGAGACCGAGUACGUUCUGCUCAAAGCGAUCGUCGUCUGCAAUCCAGGUUUGAUUUUUCGGAUGGCACCCGACCACAAGGGACCACGUUUCCAGCAGUGCCGGAUCUUUGCUCAGACGAUGCGAAACACCUGCAAAAGGAACGGGAGAUCUACGCGCACUGCCUCUUCCGAUACUGUCUGACACGACACGGAAGUGUGGACGGUCCCAGUCGAUUUGUGACGCUGUUGGCCAUCUUUCACGUGUUCGAGAAUCAGCAAAAGGAGCAGAAGGAUUUGUACGUGUACGUGAAAGCGGUACAUGCGCUGAAGCACAAGGAUCCGGAUGAAUUGAGCAGGAAACGGAUUAGUGUGCUGCAUGAUCAGAUUAUGGAUUGA